CGCCUGGAAAAAUUAAAUAGUUUGCAAGCCAUGAGCUACGAAAUUAGCGAAGAAAAACUCCGGGAAUACUACCAGGUCUCCUUGGAUCUGGUAAAAAAGUGCGGUCCCCUUUUCCUGGAGGGUUUCCAGAAACCAAAAACUGAUUAUGAAGUCAAGUCGGCUUUUUACGACUUGGUCACGGUGUACGAUAGACAAAUAGAGGCCACACUAGCGGAAGGUUUGCUCAAGGCCUUUCCGGAAUCGAAAAUUAUAGGGGAAGAGGCUUUGGCCGACGCCAAAACACAGCCGGAAUUGACGGACGAUCCCACCUGGAUUAUCGAUCCCAUCGAUGGAACUAAUAACUAUGUGCGAAAGAUUCCCCACUGCUGUAUUUCUGUGGGUUUGUCCAUCAACAAAGAACUUGUGGUCGGCAUUGUUUACAAUCCGCCGGCAAAUGAAUUGUAUUCCGCUUGGCAAGGUCACGGAGCUUUCCUAAAUGGCCAACUUAUUCAAACUUCUAAUAUUAAAGUGAUAAAUCAAGCGGUGGUUGGCUAUGAGAUCUCCCUAAUUGUGGUGUCCAAGGGGCGGGACAAAAAUGUGAAGCGUCUCUACAAGUUGGCGUCGAAUGCCACUGGCACUCGCAGUUUUGGUUGUGCAGCUCUCACGCUUUGUUAUAUUGCCGCCGAAAGAUGUGACGCCUAUCAUGUGGAGAACCUUAAGCCGUGGGAUCUGGCAGGAGGUACUGUAAUCCUCAGGGAGGCUGGUGGAAAAGUUUACCACACCAGCGGAUCAAGAUUCGAUGUGAUGAAGCCUGAUUGUGUGUGCACAUGCACUGAGGAGUUGGCCAAAAAUGUAAUUGAACUUAUAGAAGAGGCCGAUAGGAUAUCAGGUUAUACAUUUGUUUAAAAAAUAAUAAAUUAAUAUCUUAUGAUAAUCAAUUGCAAAACAAAUUGACAAAACAAGUAUUAAAGUAUGGCAAAAAAUAAAAUCCAAUUCCUAAAUGGAAUUAAGUAAACCGA